AACAGAGAAUCUCCCGCGAGUUCCCGCCUUUAUUAUGUCCAUUGGUUCCCCGGCUCGCGAGGAACAUUCAUUCUCUGAGAAUGAAUGUUCCGGAUGUUGUGCAGCACUGCACGGUGAAGUAAUGUUAGAGAUACAACCACUCGUUAUUGAGUAGUUAUAUGCAGCGACACUUUCGUUCCUAGUAACGCGGUUGUGUGUAGGUUUUCGUUUUAUUUUGUUAAUGCGUGGAUUUCGAGGGAGGACGCUGUUCGACUGCUUUGCCCUGGCCGAAAGCUAAGGACUUUUGCAUUGCGAUCUCUGCUGCUGCUGCGUAUGGUCUCCGCUCCCCUGAAACAGAGGCUCUUCUGGGGUCAUGGCCGUCCUCCUUCUGCUGCCGAUUUUCUUCACUCUAACCCAUGGUCAACUUCUCACUACGACAGCGCUGGUCGGGGAGGACGUCUCUCUGUCGUACGACCCGGAGCUGUCCACAGACCUGACUGAGACGCCAGUGAAUUGCUACACGGACAAAAUGCUCAGAACAAAUGACUUCGUCUUUAAGAAGGACAAACCUCCCAAGGACAAUUAUCCACUACUGAGUUCCGAGUACAGAGGGAGAACGAGGCUGUCAGACGAAGACCUUAAGAAAGGAAUCGUCUCCCUCAGUCUGUACAACGUCACACGGGCCGAUGAAGACAACUACACCUUCGUGUUGCCCCUCGAGAUCAAGGAAUACAAGAUCCAGCUUCUCAUAGGUGCCUUGUCCUCAGCUACCAUCACCCUGGAGGAACGCCACGACUGCAGCGGUCUGGUGCUGAGGUGUGAGUCCGCGGGCAGGUACCCCCGCCCACAGCUCUCCUGGUGGACCGAUGGAGGCCUCCCCCUCCCUGCUGUCACCAUGAACACCACCCGGGACCCCACUGGCCUCUACACCAUCAGCAGCACCGUGGUGGUGGAGAGGGGCCAGGGAGCCAGGAACUACAGCUGUAGAGUUCACCAGGAACGGUUCAACCAGACCAGGGAGGAGGAGAUAGCCCUACAGGAGGGACAGUUCCCGUCCUGUUCUCGUCCCCACCGGUGGUUGUACGCUGUCCUGGCGAUCUUUUUCUGUGCCCCUUUGGUGGUCUGGGUGGUGAUCGGUGAGUACGUUGUAUCUCAAGAAUGUUUAUCAUGAUAUGAAGUGUGUUCCAACUACAUGCUGACCGUCACACUGUUCUCUCCAGCCGAUAAAACAAAAUAAUCCGAACCGGCCGUGGCCGUCGAACAACUCGGGCCUGUUGAAGACGCUAUCACACAAGUGUAAGGGUGUCAUAUUUUGCACUUUUAUUACUCCAUAAUGAAUUUAAUUUAACUCUAUCAAUCAAUGUGCUAUUUACUUUGUAGCGUACCCUUUUGAGGUUUUAAAGGUUGCAUCAGCGAUUCUAGGCCGUUACAUAAGUGAUCACGUUCAUCUGAUCUUUCCUCACGAUCCGCGAGCUGCCCGCCCCAUAAGCAGGCCGUCAAAGAGACGCUUCGCUGUAGGCCGCCUGUUCUCACAAAAACAAAUGGUACAACCGACCACUCAAAACGAAAAUAAAUAGUAUUCCAACCUUUCACCAACAAGAGGUGGGUGUUGUAUGGUUUAGCGCUGCGUUCAUGAUAGAUUUUAGUGGAUGCACAAAACCUGGUAGGGAGGGGCGAGCUGGCUCUGUUUGUUUGGGAUCUCACUUCAAACACCAACAGAAGUGACGUCACCCGACAUCGCUGAUACAACCUUUAACCAAGUAUUUAUGCCAUCAUGAAGCUCCUUGUAAUAAGCUUACUACGCUACCAAAAAACCCUCAUUGCUUAUACAAUGUUACAAUGUUUUUUGGGGGGGAUAUGCAAUACUUUUUUCCCCUUUAUCGUGCUAUUCUCUUUGCAUGCCUGCUAAAGGCAGCUCCAUUUUGUUCAGCUGCUAGUGCUCUCACAAAUGUCCAGCCGCUCUAAAUUCCCCGGGUGGCUGUUUUUAGUGUUGGUAUGUCCGAAGGUUUCUGCCAGAGUACUGCUGUUGGCCCAUGUACAUGUGAACCGUUUAGGGCCGAACUAUACUCAUUUUAACUUCGCCUUUGAUUUAAUGUUCUUGAAUAUUUUUGCUCUGAACCGAAUGCGUUCUUUUAAAUCAUGUUUUCAUUCGUCUUUCAUUUAUUCAUUCAUCGUUUUGAAACUCGGUUUUAUUUGAUUGUAUGACAUGUUUAUGUGUGAAGCACAUGUGUAUGAAAUUUAUACUUGAGGGCCAGACAGCUCAUCGUUACACCCUCAUUAAACAUCACAUAUCACCACAUCAGCAUGUCAAAAAUCACAGCCCCCCACUGUUUUUGUACAGAAGAACUGUUUUAAAGUAUAUUGUAGAGUAUUAUUAUAUUGAAGAGUUUACUGUUUCCAAUCUGAAUCAGACUUUUUAAAGUUUAGAGUAAGGGUUACCAGUUUGAGCUACGGGCUGAGGUUCCAAACAUAGGAGACAAACGGAAGCCUGCUUUCAAUGGUCAACACAUUGAUUCAAUAAAACUGUGACUGCAAUCAAACCCAUUCGUGUCAUUAUUUCAUGGACUGCCCUUGUCAAUGUUUUUGUGAGAAAUUCUUGUGAGGAGAGGUUUUGCACAACUCUAAUGGAAAAGUCCAUAUGUCGCUUACCUUUCAGUCAUUGAAGCUGUGUCUCUUAUUACUUGUGUUACCUAGCCAGCCCAUCAAGCUCCCCUUGUGGUUCACCUUAUCCAGGGGUAAACCGGUCACAAGGAAGCAGUGAGCCCUGACCAUGGCCCUGACGCAUUCAUCUGCUUGACGAGUUGAACUCUGAACUGUUCUUCAGGUUAACAUCUCCCUCCUUUGAUUACUGACUUCUGUUUCGGAGGGGGUGAACCUGUUAAAGGACUCUGUGAGUAUAUUGUGGGCCCUGUCUGUUAGAGAGAAGACGUGUUAAUGGGUUCAUUUUCCACAACUAUUGUGUGCUUUUUUGAAUUUAGAAGUCUCAUCUGUCCGAGACGCAAUAUCUCAAAGAAAUUGCCACGAGACAGAACCAGAUAGACAUAGCUACAGACAGAGAGACACACAGAGACACAGACACACACACAUAGAGACACACUGCCACACAGAGACACAUACACAUAGACCGAAAGACACAGAGACGACUACAGACACACUCAUAGUCAGAUCUGCAUAGAUAGAAAAAUAAAACACCAGACAAGCGGGUCGAGAUCCAGAUAGAGAGGCACAGACAGGACAUCGGGCAGUCGUCAUGACGAUGGCUAAAUUGUUUUAUUUGCAGGUUAACAGAGCUGACAGUAGUUUGGGCGGCGGCGGACACGAACCACCAGAAACAACAGCGAGGUCCUCUCCGGGUUCCCCCCCCUCCUCGACCUACGCUUAGAAAACACACACAGCAGCGUCCGCUAAAGCACAGACCACCGGCGCGGACUCUGGGACAUCUACAAGCAGCAGCACACAGGGAUAUUUACAGCACACGUCGAGAGGGAGCGGAACGUUUAUAUAUAUAUACAGUUGUACACGGAGCCGACCAGUACGACCCGUAGCGUGGAUGAUAUGAUGGGUGGUCAACGCGGAGAGAGGGGCGUGUUUUAGUAGCGGGGUGGAGCGGUAGUAGCUUUCUGUUUUACUGACGCAUCGUCACACAGGCUGAUGUCACGGAGGUGGGCGUGGCCCAAGCCGUCAGCAUCAGGCUGCUGCUCAAUGCUGAUUGGUUGGUGUGACCCGCCCAAACUGCAUCAGGGUUUCUGCGCGAUGGCGCUGACCUCAACGUGCCGACCAUGGCUACCUCACGUUACGACCCCUUUCCUUACGUCUGGUUGGACGUGGAAGAAAUGCGCUCGGACCUGGAGGGUUCGUGCUCGGGUCCACGGUUAAUUAACCUUCUCUCGUCUCGUCUUAACGAGUUAUCGGGCUAAACUAUCGAUCUAUGAUGAGACGCAGUGACCGGCCUUCUGCUUAUCCCAGGUCUGAGCAGACCGCGAGGUUGUGUGGUCGAACCCCCGUCUGUCAGGGGCGGGGUCAGAGGUGGACUUAAGGGGUGGAAGGUCAACAACAGUUUGUUGUUGAUGUUGUUGUGGUUAGUCUACGGUCACACAGCCGGUAAUCAUACAUAUGGAUUAGUGCAAAUCAGGUUACGAUUUUGGUCGUGGAUACGAUGAGAAUACACAAAAGAAGAGCUGGAGCCGAGAAGUGACAGACGAGUCUGGAGGAGGUUUUUCACAAGG